CUCUCUUCUCUCUCUCUCUCUCUUUCUCUUUCCUAACCUCUCUGUAAUCUUCGCGGCUGUACGCAAAGCACCUGCUUUUGCAAGAAGGAGAAUAUCGAGAAUUUGCCAUCAUGAGCCGUUUCUUCGCGACUGGCUCAGAUUCUGAGUCUGAUAGCGCAUCUGAGGAGGAACAGGUGCAAAGGGCGCCAGCGACAGCUUUUACCUUUAGCGAUGACGAGGAAGAAACAAAGCGGGUUGUGCGCUCUACAAAGGAGAAGAGAUAUGAGGAAAUUGCUAAUCUUAUAAAACUUAUCAGGAAUUAUAAAAAAAUUAAAGAUAUGAGCAGUAUGUUAACCAGUUUUGAAGAUUUGAUGCGAGCUUAUCAAAAAGCUUUACCAGUAAUUGCAAAGGAGGAACUUGGACAAACUCCACGAUUUUAUGUUAGAUGUUUAGUAGAAAUGGAAGAUUUUAUUAAUGAUGUAUGGGAAGAUCGUGACGGACGCAAGAAUAUGUCCAAGAAUAAUUCUAAAUCACUUUCGACGCUACGUCAAAAGCUACGUAAAUAUAACAAGGACUUUGAAGAAGAUAUAGUCAAAUUCAGAGAGAAUCCCGAUCAGGAUGACGAUGAGGAGGAAGAGAGAGCUGAGGAGAUUAUGGAAUCUGAAGAAGAAGAGGAUAGUGCCGUAGCUUUUAAGAAAGCGGGAUCGGAAGCUAGUGAACCGGAUUUGACUAAAUUUAAGAAGGUUGCAACCGAUGGCGAAGAGGGUAGUGAAAGUGAAUCUGAUUGGGGCAGUGAUUCAGACAGUGAGAGCACGAGCAGUGAUGACGAAGGCCAGUAUCAAAAUAUUCGUGAACGCUUCAUUAAAAAGGCUUUAUUAGCCACAGAAGAAGACGAGGAUAAAGCGAAGAGAAAGGAACAACGUAAAGAACGUAAAGAGAAGGAGCGAAAGAAGAAACGCGACGAAGAUGAUGGUGAAGGAGAGUGGGAAACUGUCAAGGGUGGUGUGGCUAUCCCCUCUGAGAAGCCAAAAAUGUUCGCCAAAGAUGCGGAAAUUAAUACCAGCGCAGUGUUAAAGAAAUUAUCUGAGAUAAUUGCAGCUCGCGGUAAAAAGCGUACAGACAGACGGGAACAAAUAGAACUCUUGCACGAGUUACAGUCGAUAGCUGACUCACAUAAUCUUGGUCCAGCUGUGACUGUGAAGAUUAAAUUCUCUAUUGUGUCUUCCAUAUUUGAUUAUAAUCCAAAAGUUUCCGAUGCUAUGAAGCCGGAAUAUUGGUCCAAAAUAUUGGAACGCAUUAACGAAAUGUUGGAUAUGUUGUUAAACAACAUAGAUAUGGUAAUAGCAGAAACAAUUGUAGAAGAAAUGGAAGAGUUUGAAACGCCACCUUAUAAAAUGCACGGCUGCGUAUUGACGUUGGUAGAGCGUCUCGACGAAGAAUUCACUAAAUUGCUGAAAGAAUGUGAUCCACAUAGUAACGAAUAUGUAGAGAGAUUGAAAGAUGAAAAACAAGUUGCUGCUAUAAUUGAUAAGGUGCAGGAAUAUUUAGAAAGGCAAGGAACUGUGUCCGAACUUUGCCGCGUCUACCUGCGUAAAAUCGAACAUUUGUAUUACAAAUUUGAUUCAAAUGUUCUUAAGCAAAAGGAAAACGAACUGGGUUCAGAUAUAAUUACAUCUGUACAAGUUAUGGAGAAAUUAUGCAAAUACGUUUAUGCCCACGAUAAUACCGAUCGAUUAAGAACUCGCGCGAUUCUUUCGCACAUUUAUCAUCACGCACUUCACGAUAACUGGUUCCAAGCCCGCGACUUAAUUCUGAUGUCGCAUCUCCAGGAAACUAUUCAACAUUCUGACCCAGCUACACAGAUUUUAUACAAUCGUACGAUAGCUCAUUUAGGAUUAUGUGCAUUUCGUCAUGCGAAUAUUAAAGAUGCCCACAAUUGCUUGGUUGAUUUAAUGGUGACGGGUAAGGUAAAGGAACUUUUGGCGCAAGGUCUCCUUCCACAACGACAACAUGAACGCAGCAAGGAGCAGGAGAAAAUUGAGAAGCAAAGGCAAAUGCCUUUUCACAUGCACAUAAAUCUAGAACUCCUCGAAUGCGUAUACCUCGUUUCAGCAAUGCUUAUCGAGAUUCCGUAUAUGGCUGCGCAUGAAUUUGAUGCGAGGCGAAGAAUGAUUUCGAAAACGUUUUAUCAGCAAUUAAGAUCCAGCGAACGUCAAUCGUUAGUGGGACCACCAGAAUCUAUGAGAGAACAUGUCGUUGCUGCUGCAAAAGCAAUGCGCAAUGGAAAUUGGUCUGCUUGCAACAAUUACAUUAUAAAUGAAAAGAUGAAUGCAAAGGUCUGGGAUCUCUUCCAUCAAGCGGAGAAAGUACGAGCUAUGCUGACGCGAUUAAUCAAGGAAGAAGCGUUGAGGACUUACCUAUUUACGUAUUCGCAUGUUUACGAUUCGAUCUCGAUGCCAAAACUUGCUGACAUGUUUCAGCUGAAACGACCUGUGGUCCACUCCAUUAUUAGCAAAAUGAUUAUUAAUGAAGAGCUUAUGGCAUCCUUGGACGAUCCGACAGGCACUGUCGUCAUGCAUCGCAGCGAACCGAGCCGUCUUCAAUCUUUGGCCCUGCAACUUACGGACAAAGUAAACAACUUUGUCGAUUCGAAUGAACGCAUUUUUGAAAUGAAACAAGGCAACUUUUUCUCAAGAGGAAAUCAAGGCAAUUUCCGCGAUCGUCAAAAUUAUAAUCGCCAAGGGCAGGAUUGGGGCCAGCAGAGACGUGAUCGCGAUCGCGAUCGAGCGUUUAAACGUAAUAACGUGUAACGUUUAAAUACUGUCAUAUUAUAAAUAUAUCGAUAAGAAUAUUGUAUACAUACAACAAUCAUCUCGUGUUGAUAUUCUUGUAAUCACAUUCGACAAUUGUUUCAUUCGUUUAUGUUUUGAUUGAUUUGGAGUAGAAAUUAUUAACGAAUCGUUCAAUGAUAUAUUUGACCGUAUUCGCUUUGUUCUAUACUUUUAAAUUUUUUUUUUUUUUUUUUUUUUUCCUCUCUCAUAUUGUAGAAUCAUUCACGUUUACUCUCUUUCAUCGUUCGUACACAAAAAACUAUUAUAAUCUCUUGUCUCUCUAUUUAUACAAAAAAAAAGGAUAGAUACAAUAUCUUUUACAUUCCUGAUGAAUGCUAUCAGAGAGUUUUCAUAUUUCUUGUAUUCUCUGAAUAAGUUUGUUACCCGUUAAGAUAGCGUCGGACGCAAGAAUGAGACGUAUCCCUAUAGACUUUUCGAUGAGUCGACAGGCCGCUAUUUCUGCGCAUGUAAUGCCUCCUACCACACAGAUCACGACCAUCUUUGGUGAUAACGCACCCCGUUGACCGUUCACGACGCAACCCGAUAAAUUCAUUAAGUCUUCAAAGCUGCGAGGAUCCUUCUCUUGAUUCGAUACGAUGUUUAAUAUUUGUGCCUACAAUUAAUAUCGUGAAAUUAAGUAAUAUUACAAUAUUAUAAUAUACAAAGAAAAUUAUAAAAAUACGAACUAUGGCGGGUAUAUAAGCGUUGUUGAACACAUAACUAGGACAGAUACGACUGUUGUGAUCGGAUCGUUUAGAAUAAUUGGGUAACAUCUUUAAUCUUUGCGCAUUGCUGCCCCAUUCGCUAUUCCGGUUUGGCAAUUUGUGUAAAAUAUUUUCGGUUCUAUACUUCAACAAACCAACGGUGUGUAAUUUGUAAAAUAAAGGGAUAUGUU